AUAGUAACCAGGUCCGACUAGUCUUAUACAGUUCGUUUAUUCUCACGCACUUUUUUCAUUCAAGAUUUUAGCUGACAGCUCUUCAUUUGCUAAUAUUUAGCAGCCCAUCUCGCAACGAAAAAAUGCACUUAAUUAUCCCAAUGAAGCUUGUCAGCACUGCUUUACAUUUCACAGUUGUCUGUUGUAUUCUGAUAAACAGCUGGUCGGGCGUCCAAGGAGUUCCGCAAGAAGUUUCGAAAGAAAUCGAACCUCAAUGUGCCUGUAGCGAACUCUGGGCUCCAGUUUGCGGAACAGAUGGAAACACUUAUGCAAACGAGGGCUGUUUGAGGGUUCUGACUACAAAAUGUGGAAAGAUCAAGUCACUUAUCAGCGAGUCUUACGAAGGUGAAUGUAAACAAACAAAUGCAGCUGCAACAGGUGGAAUAUUGUGUUCUUCUGUCUUAAUUUACGUCCUUUUUGCGAAAGUCGCAGUGAACGCGUUCAUACAAUAGUGAAAGAAAUUUAUGUCAUGCAGAAAAGAAAAAGAAUACGCACCUGCCAAAAAAGAAAGUGUUCACCUGUUUAUCGUUGUGUUACUUUGCAAGUGUGAGUGCCUUAAUCUGUUGUUGCGAAUUUUUUUAUCGCGUCUUCCAUGUCAUUUUCAAAUUCCUGAACAUAAGUUGUAGCUCCGCAUUUCAGGAAUACCAAUCGGCGAACAAGAAUGAUUAAAUUAUCAAUAGCCCCUGCAUCGACGAUUUCCAGUCACCUGUGUAUAAAUGUAUGUUGAGGAAAAACAAAAAAUAAAAGAGAUUUUAAAUUA